GCCGUCUUAGGGAGAACUGAUUACCAGACGAGCGUUGCGCGUUGCGUCUUUUCACUAACCUAUUUGACAUUUGUGACGACCUCAACGACUUUGGGAGCAAAAAAAAAAAAACAUAAACACAAAUCGAGAUACUUUUCCUACAGCUCAACAACAAGAUGGCCGUUACAUUGAAGGAGGAGAUCUUUGGCCUGGCCAUAAAUCCAUUGACAAACGUCCCCGAAAUGGUGCGUCGCUAUACACUGACCAAUGCGAAUCAAAUGUCCGUUUCGUUUAUACAAUUGGGCGCCAUCAUUCAGAGUGUACGCAUACCGGAUGUCUAUAAAAAGGUUGAAGAUGUCUGUCUAGGAUUCGAUGAUAUAGCCGGAUAUGUGGCAAAUAAAUCGGCAUAUAUUGGCGGGACAUUGGGUCGUGUGGCCAAUCGGGUGGCCAAUGGUGAAUUCAUUUGCAAUGAUACCAAAGUUGAGGUAACAAAAAAUUUCAAGGAUACCUAUCAAUUGCAUGGAGGCUUCAUUGGUUUCGAUAGUGUGAUUUGGGAGGUAGUCAACAAAUCAGAUAGUGGCAUUACCUUUCGUCAUGUCUCGGACGACGGUGACGAAGGUUAUCCCGGCAAAUUGACAGUUCUUAUACAUUAUACACUGGAUAAUCAAAAUCGAUUUGGCAUACGCUAUGAAGCGGCAACCGAUAAAGUGACGGCCGUAAAUCUAUCCAAUCAUGCGUAUUUCAAUUUGGCUGGCCACAAUACAGGACGCAAAGGUUUGGCCGAGCAUACAGUGGAGAUAAUUAGCUCCCAGAUUGUCGACACUGAUGAUGCUCAGAUACCAACCGGUCAGCUCUUGAAUGUCGAUGAGACUGUCUUUGAUCUACGUUUGCCUGUCCUUUUGGGUGAUCGUUUGCUGCAAUUCGAUAAGCAUUUAAUCAAAGGCUAUGACAAUUGUUUUGUCCUCAAUGAGGGUAAUACGGUGACCAACGGUACCAAUUUGGCAGCGAAACUUGUUCAUCCGCCCAGUGGUCGUGUUUUAGAGGUUUGGACUGAUCAACCAGGCCUACAAUUUUAUACGGCCAACAAUCUACCGGAUGAGGAAGCUGGCGAAACACCAAUGAUUGGCAAAGAUUGUACACACUAUGUAAAACAUGGUUCAUUCUGUGUUGAAACUGAAAAAUUCCCCGAUGCUGUCAAUCAUUCAUCAUUUCCAUCCAUAGUCCUAAAGCCAGAUGAGAAAUAUAAACAUGAGGUCAUCUAUAAGUUCCAUGUGGAGGAAUCAUGGAAAUGUUGUUGUAAUAAGUAGAUUAUACCUAACAUCAUCUCCCCUAACGAAUAAAGCUAGAAGUUUUUUAUGGGUUCAAAUAAAAAUCAUUUCAUUUUA